UGUUCAUUUAUACAUUUUCCUCUCUUUUCUCUCCCUCUAUUUCCAGCUGUUUUUGGAUCUUUCGCUCUCUCUCUCUCUCUCUCUCUCUCUCUUUUGCUGGGGGAAGAUCUCUCCACCAAGUGUCUCAAUUUAACAGGAGCUCCCUCCCUCUCUCUCUUCCUCUCUCAGCCCCUUCCUCCUCCCCUUCGGCCGUGACAGAGCACACCUGCUUGGUCUUGGCUGCGCGCGCUCUCAGUGCAAUUAUCGCUCGGCCCCUUGCAGCACAGUGCAGAAGGCUCACAGUGAUUCAGCCUAUAGCCCCAACUGGAUAUUUGGAAGGAAGACCAUCUGACCUCGGUGCACUCUAACUCUCUCGCUCUCUCUCCCACGCUUCUAAAGAGCACAGAUCCCUGACAACUGCUUCCCGGAGACGUUACCCUACAGCAGGGUCAACUACAACGCUGUGUGGUCUAGAUACCUUAGAUCCCCGACAACUGCUUCCCGGAGACGUUACCCUACAGCAGGGUCAACUACAACGCUGUGUGGUCUAGAUACCUAGACACUGACUGAACCCAUGCUCCCGGACAAAGGCACCAUGAGGUCAGCCUGUCUCUCCCUGCUCCUGGUCACAGCGUGCUGGUCACUUCCCUUCCGCCAGUCGGGCUUCCUGGACUUCAUGAUGGAGGAUGAGGCGGGCUCUGGCUUGCCAGAGGUGCCCAUGGAGCCCAGCGUGGACAUCCCCACCAUGCCUGAAGGACCCAAGUGCCCCUUCCGCUGCCAGUGCCACCUGCGCGUGGUGCAGUGCUCCGACUUAGGGCUGAAGAGUGUUCCAGAUGAGAUCCCUGCAGACAGCACCCUGCUGGACCUGCAGAACAACAAGAUCACUGAGAUUAAGGAGAAUGACUUCAAGACUCUGAAGGGACUCCAAACCCUGAUCCUGGUGAACAACCAGAUCACCACAAUCCACCCCAAGGCCUUCAUUCCCCUGGGCAAGCUGCAGCGCCUCUACCUCUCCAAGAACCACCUCAAGGAAAUGCCCGCCAACAUGCCCAAGAGCCUGCAGGAGCUUCGCAUCCACGAGAACAAGAUCACUAAGAUCAAGAAGGCCUCCUUCGAGGGCAUGGCCCAGGUCAUCGUCAUGGAGCUCGGCUCCAACCCCCUGAAGAGUGCAGGGGUUGAGGCUGGGGCAUUCGGGGCCCUGAAGAAGGUCUCAUACAUCCGCAUUGCAGACACCAACCUGACAGAGAUCCCCAAAGGUCUGCCCUCCUCCCUCUCCGAGCUCCACCUGGACAGCAACAAGAUCACCAAGGUGCAGGCGGACAACCUGAAGGGCCUCAAGAACCUGGCUAAGCUGGGUCUAAGCUACAAUGAGAUCAGCCAGGUGGAGAACGGUUCUCUGGCCAUGGUUCCUCACCUCAGAGAGCUUCACCUGGACAACAAUGCCCUGACCACCGUGCCUGCAGGCCUGCCUGACCACAAGUACAUCCAGGUGAUCUACCUCCACAGCAACAAGAUAGGGGUGGUGGGAACCCAGGACUUCUGCCCACCAGGCUACAAUACCAAGAAGGCCAUGUACUCUGGCAUCAGCCUGUUCUCCAACCCCGUCCCUUACUGGGAGGUGCAGCCCAUCACCUUCCGUUGUGUGUUCGACCGCUCCGCCAUCCAGCUGGGCAACUACAGGAAGAAAUAGAGAAAAAGUAGACCACCCCCAGAGAGAGUGUGUGUGUGUGUGUGUGUGAACCGCAGCCCCCCCAUCCACAACACUGAUCGGCAACUUUAUCCCCAUUUUAAAACCAUAACGAACAUCCAAUACAGUUUUAACAGUUACAGUACUUAAUGUUUUCAUGAGCAAAGACACAACAGUUACAAAACUCAGUACCAAACCUUCCAUAGAUGGCUUAGUAAUAACUCAAACCAGCUCUGUUUGCAAACAGUUGAUUUAUAAUAGUCCAUGUGUCAUUUGUACAUCAUAUUCUACAACAGUAAUCACUGGCAUUAUCCUGUAACAGGUCUUCCAUACACAAUAAACCGUCAACUCAUGAAAUACUGUAACACUACCUCAUGGUAGUUAUCUGUCAAAAAGCUCAACUUAAAGGGGAUGUCACCCACUUUUCAACCUCAUUUUCAUUAUCUCCAUUACAAUACCAUUGUCUACAUAUGUGAAAAAGUCCCAUUUCUAUGUUUUGUAGAAAACAAAUAUCAAGUUAAAAAGAUAUACCCAAUGACAUCAUCAAGAAAAUACCAUCCCUCUGGCUAGAAACUCUUUGCAGGUUUUGAAAAUCACUGUUUUAAAAAAAGCGUUUACUCCUACCCUGUGAUGUCACAGAGGAGCAUUUUUUUAGGACCUUUCUCCUUAUCUAUUUACCCACAGAUCAUAGACUAAACAACGUGUUCGUUUUCACACAUGAAGACACUGAUAUGGUGCUGGAGAUAAUGAAUAUGAGGUUGAAAAGUGGCGGGAUUGCCCUUUAAAAGAAGUCUGUGCAAUGGUUUCGAAGUGUGUGCCCUCAGAUUGCAUGACUGAAAUGUUAUUUUUGUGUGUGAAAGAAACAUUAUGAAAGACAACAAAAAUAUUUUCAACAACAACAACAACAAAAUAUCUAUGACCACUUUGAAAAAAUGUACACGUUUAACCCUUUCAUACCUCACACAUGUCAGCGGGUUGAGAUUGGCCGAAAAAACAUCCGAAAAAUCUGAAUUUGCCCGGUGUAGACAUGUUGUGUGCAACAUGCCUUUACGUGCAUAAAUCUGUGACAAUUACAGAAGGUAAACUGACCUGCGGAGCGGGCAGCCAAGGGUUAACUCCUGUCUUAAUAUCAUUAACACCAGCUAGGAUACUAGAAUGUACUAGAGUAUAUUACCUGUGUAGUAGCUAGCGUUCAAAGUGUACAUUUACAUUUACAUUUAAGUCAUUUAGCAGACGCUCUUAUCCAGAGCGACUUACAAAUUGGUGCGUUCACCUUAAGACAUCCAGUGGAACAGCCACUUUACAAUAGUGCAUCUAAAUCUUUUAAGGGGGGUGAGAAGGAUUACUUUAUCCUAUCCUAGGUAUUCCUGAAAGAGGUGGGGUUUCAGGUGUCUCCGGAAGGUGGUGAUUGACUCCGCUGUCCUGGCGUCGUGAGGGAGUUUGUUCCACCAUUGGGGGGCCAGAGCAGCGAACAGUUUUGACUGGGCUGCGCGGGAACUGUACUUCCUCAGUGGUAGGGAGGCGAGCAGGCCAGAGGUGGAUGAACGCAGUGCCCUUGUUUGGGUGUAGGGCCUGAUCAGAGCCUGGAGGUACUGAGGUGCCGUUCCCCUCACAGCUCAGUAGGCAAGCACCAUGGUCUUGUAGCGGAUGCGAGCUUCAACUGGAAGCCAGUGGAGAGAGCGGAGGAGCGGGGUGACGUGAGAGAACUUGGGAAGGUUGAACACCAGACGGGCUGCGGCGUUCUGGAUGAGUUGUAGGGGUUUAAUGGCACAGGCAGGGAGCCCAGCCAACAGCGAGUUGCAGUAAUCCAGACGGGAGAUGACAAUAUUCAUAAUGUACCUUCACAAUAUGUCGUACUAUUUGAAAGAUUUCAGAUUUUCUUUCUGUCACAUUGUAGUCGAUUGCCAUGUCUCCUGCUUGCUUCACUGUUGAUGUCAAGUUUUGUUGUUUUUACGAAAUGUUCCGACAGUUUAAAGAUUUCAGAUUUUCCGUAAAGCAUUUAUUUCUUCUUCUACACAUUCCAUUCCCCCAUCUGUCAUGUAACAUCAGCUCAUACAACCAAGAUGAAAAUAGCUCUUAAAGAUGUAGAAUAAACCAUAUAUACGUUCCGAAACAGAAGCCAUGCCCAAAGAUCUAUACGCAUGCUUUUCUUCUUUUGACUUGAAGCAAGGUUGUGCUUUCUGGAAUGCCAUGUUAAUGCCUGUUUUGUUUCUCUUCUUUUCUUCUUUGCCUUUCUUUUCUUCUUCUUCUUUUUAUAAGUCUGAAGAGAAUUGGAGGCUUGCAGGCGGACUGUCAUGCCUUCAGUGCCCAUGUUAGUGUGAAUGUUUGUAUGUAUAGACGCUGUAUAUAAAUGCUGUAUAAAAAAAACUCUCAUUGCUUAAAAGCACAAGCACUUACAGUAGUUCAGACUUAAUAUAUCAGCAAUAAAGAUGUUCCUCUCUUUUUUUCUAAGGCUUCCUGAACCAAAUAAAAAUACCAAUUAAAAAGCA